AGUCCUUUUGAUGUUGCAGAACAGUAAUGAAUUCAAGCAUUUCCAAAGGAUGACAAUGACUCCCACAGUUGAAGGCAAGAAGAAUGUUGUCAUCAUGGGCAGAAAAACGUGGUUCUCUAUUCCAGCCCAGAAUAGACCUCUCAAGAACAGGGUCAAUGUUGUUCUCAGCAGAGAGCUGAAGCAGCCUCCACCAGGAGCUCACUAUUUGGCGUCUGACUUUAGUGAAGCCCUUUGUCUUCUGGACACAACAGACCUAGCAAAAGAGGUGGACCAGGUUUGGAUUAUUGGAGGCAUUUCACUGUACCCACUUCUGACACCAUAUGUAGCGAAGGGAGAGAGCAAUCACCCCGACUGGCCUUGAACCCAGGUCAUAGAC